AUGUCCACUCGCAAGCGCCCGGCGCCAGGAACGUCACCUGUGAUUCAUGGGCCAGUUGGAUCAAUUCCAAACUAUACAGACCCAAAUAGUCAGCUUUCAGACGAUCAAUUUCUUCAAUGGGGUCAAGACGCUCCUGUCCCUUCUGCCGCAUACCCCGUCGACUCGACUUCCUUCACCGCCGUUCCGUUCGCACAAAACCAAGAUAUUUCGGCAUCUUCUGCGACUUCGUCUAAUCAAAUUGCGAGAAGGCCGAUCAAUCAGCUCAUGAAUCGGAACCGCCCCUAUGAACAAAUUACUACGCCGCCCAUGCCCGAACACGGCACUGGUGAAGGUUGGGGGGAGAGUAUUUCAGAUCUUGAACAACGGGCAUUGGUUGCGAAGAGGGAUGCGCAAGCAAAGCGGAAACAGAUCCCUCCUUUCGUUCAGAAGCUAAGAAGGCGAGUCUAA